AUGGUUCUUUACCAACUACUCAGCUUUUUCUUUGCAACUUCUGCAAAACAAGAGGACUCCAAAAUGGAGCCAUCUCUUUACAAGAGAGGUGACUUGCUAGAGGUGCCCAGGACGUUAUUCAGGCACUUUGGUAUCUACUUGGGCAACAAUCGGGUGGCUCAUCUCAUUCCCGACAUCCUGCCGGCAAUUUCCAAGGAUACAUCUGCAAUUGCCAAGAUGGUAUCGAACAACCGCCUAGUGCUGGGGGUCAUCACCAAGGUGGCCAGCGUGAGAGUUGACUCAGUGGAAGAUUUUGCUUAUGGCUCAGAAAUACUAAUAAACCACAUGGAUAAAGUGUGCAAACAGCCUGCCUUGGAUGGGGACGAGGUGGGACGGAGAGCUGAGAAACUCUUGGGAUCGGUCACCUACAGCUUACUGUGGUACAACUGUGAACACUACGUCAUGUAUUGCAGAUAUGGCUUGGCUAUAAGCUAUCAGACAUACCAGUUCUGCACAACAGUACGAAAGAUUGUGUUCAGCAGAAUGAGUGCCUAUUUGACUGCACUGUGUGGAGUAUUUACCAUGCUGUACUUGAGCUGCAUGACACCGCCGGCAGUCUUACUCACUGUGCUCAUCUCUUUAACUAUUUGGAUGGCAUCCUAACUUCUGCGUGAGGGGAGGCUUGUGAGAAAAGACUGUGGUGAAAACUGGAAGUGUGAAGCAAUAAGAAACAAAUAUGUGAUCACUAUCUGUAAUAAACAUUCAAUUUCACUAUUUUAGUUUUUUAGAGAAUUUUGUUAUUUGUUUGUUUAUUCAGUAUUUAUUUUGACUUGACAAAUGCAUUGCCUUGACAAAAAAUGUAUCUCCUUCAGAAAUUGGUGCUGUCCAUAACCUUAUCAUUAUUUUUAAGCAAUAUGUCUUAUUCGGUCUGUUAUUCAUCAUUAAAGUUCACUAGGCUUUGAUCUUUACAAUUAUUCCCUUUGAUCAGAUGCAGGUGAUAGAUUAUAAAUUAAUUUUGAUUCAUAUCUGAAACACCUUGAUAACUAAACUGAUGCUCAGAGAUAUUUAGAAUAAUAUUAACAAAUGAAAUAUGUAAAAGUAUGACAAUUUUUGCACAAUUUUUUUGUGUCCUUUUGUCUUUUAGAGUCACUGAUAGAGUGAUCUGAGUGAUACCAUACAUCAUUCAUGUUGGCCUGGACAAAGUGCAAUAAACGUCAUCCUCUGUAAUAGGAGUAUUGCAAACAAAAAGAAAAAGUUACAAUGUUAAUAGAGAUCCUUUAAUAUUCAAGCAUUUUUUGACUGACCUGUAAGGAUUAAGUUAAUAAUUGCUCAGGGGUCAUGCUCUGGGUCUCCGGAAAGCACCGAGACACAACUUGUAUUGCAAUCCAAGCAUACAAAUAAAACUGAAUUUAA